GCGCCAAAUACUGACAGUACGACGUCAGGCGUCGUCGGUAUUCGCAGACGCCGUCGAAUUUCCGCGAAUUUAAAAUUUUCCGAGGACUAACACGUACAAGAAUAAAAUUUUGUCUUCAAUUCAAAGUAUUCCUUGAUAAAAUUUGACACUAACGGGCGGUUAAUUUAUGUAAUUAAAUAAAGUUGAUAAAAAUUUGGUUUCUAAAAAUUUUUAAUUUUCCAAUUUUGUUGUUUUUAAGAAAAUUAUAUUACAUCAUCGCAAAGUAUAGAUAGAUUGGAACUAUUUUCUGUGUGCCACCACCAGCUACUAUAAACGGGGACAUCACAAAUUUACUGAAUAGUUUUAAAUAGACUCAACUGGUGUUGACUUUUUGAAAUAUUUCAAACGAUUUUGCAUCAGUUUUUUCCCUUUUUUAUCAUCUCAUUCUCAACUCAACAACAAAAAUAGUUCCACAAUCUCAUAAUUAGUGAUGAUACUGUGAUAAUAAUGUGAAAGUUUCUUUUUGGUGGUGUUGUUUUGGUUGUUUAUUAAGUGUUGUUAUUGAAAAAGAAACUUUCCGAUUUUCAUUACCAGCGAUGGUUCCUCGAAUAAUGGAAAUUUUGAUGAUGUUUCACCUCCUCUUACCGGUAGUUUUUGGUGCCAUGCGAAAUACAGCAGCGACCGAGGAGAGUGAAAUAAAGGCCUUCGUGGGAUCGACUGUGGCGCUACCGUGUCGUUUGGAUACGUCGGUAUGUGGAAACCUGCACAGCGUCAAAUUCUAUAGGGAAACCUCGAGGAUAUACGUGUACAGUCAAGUGGGAGGAGUUGCAAGGGCGGAAGGAGAUGCCACGCAAAGAAUGAAGGUCGAGUACAGGCAAGAUAGGAUGGAGGCUCUGCUGGAAAUCAGUCCUGUGGCAAUCGAGGAUGAGGCGACAUAUAAAUGCGAAAUCACGUACCUGGAGGUUCUAGAGAACUGCGCCGUCGUGCAACUCAUCAAGCUGAAGACGCUCGUAAUUCCGACUAAAGUACACAUGUUACACGACGAUAAAGAACUGGUGGAUCCGGUGUUAGGACCGUACAACGAAGGAACGGAAGUUGUGGUAACGUGCGAAGCAAUCGGUGGAAGACCGAUUCCUGACGUCAAAUGGUACAACGGUUCGAGGGAAAUUAAAUCCAAGUAUACGACGAUUGAUAAUGGGGACGGAACUGGAAAUGGACUGGCGAAGUUGGAGCUAUUGUUAUCACGUGGAGAUCUACAAGCUAGCUUCGAAUGCAGGGUUGAAAGUGAUGCACUACAAAAACCGGUUCAUAAGUCUUUUAGUGCUGACGUUAACGUACGCCCUACCAGCUUACGAUUGUAUGGAGCAAAUGAUUCUGUCGUCCAGGGAACUAAUGUUAAACUAAGAUGCGAUGUUUUUGGAGGAAAACCUGCAGCGGAAAUAAGAUGGUUCAACAAAUCCGCCCCCAUCACGAACGACAAAUUGAUUAGUACCGAGCCUCAAGUCACGAGCGAUGGCACCUACACAACCCGGAGCGUUUUGGCGUUUCAAGCAACUCGGUGGGAAAACGGGAAUUCCUUCCACUGCUACGCGGACAACUCCGUUAUCCGGGACCAAAAGGAAUCCGACCUACAGGGUGUUCUCAUUAUAGAUGUUGAAUAUCCUCCUGUGGUUGUCGUCGAACCAGUUAACAUUACCGUUAAUGAAUCGGAUAGGACCCUUCUGUUAUGCUCCUAUAUUUCAAAUCCGAUGGCAUUACUCGGAGUUGUAUGGAAAAAAGAUGGACAAAAUUUGACAAUUUCUGACGAUAAAUACGAAGGUGGUACGAUGGAGGAUUUAGCUCUGGUUAUUCGAAAUGUCAGCAGGGACGAUAUGGGCGAAUAUAAAUGUAUAUGUAGGAAUAAAGUUGGAAUAUCAGAAUCCGAAGCUAGUAUCUACCUUAACGUUCAAUACACUCCUACUGUAGAAGUGAGACGCGAUCCAGCAAGCCCGGUACGUGCCGAGGACAAGGGUAACGUGACGUUAUUCUGCGAGGUGUCUGCAGGAAAUCCAGUCGCCCUAUCGAAGGUGAAGUGGUUCAUGAACGGCGAGCUUAUACUGGAACUCCCCGAAUGCAACUACACGUCCUACGACGAGGAUGGAAACGGAGAAGGAUACGGUGGUCCAUACUGUGGGAUCGAUUCUAGUGUUCUACUUUUACUUAACGUUACCGAGACCUUCGCCGGUAAUUACUCUUGCCAAGGAAAAAAUGUCGUCGGAUGGGGGCCAAAGUCAACCGAUCAAGAACUAAUUGUUUAUUAUCCUCCGAAAGGAACAAAACUACGCUCUACGCCUACAAAGAUCGUGAAGAAGGCGGCCGUCACCCUACACUGCACAGUGGAAAGGCUUGGAAUCCCAGAGGACGUCACAUACGAAUGGUACAGGGGUUCGUAUCUAGUACCGGACGUGAACACGGCAAACUGGACGAUAGCCCCGGUCACAUUAGAGACAAAGAGCAAUUUCACGUGCAUAGCGAAGAACGCCGGGGGCAGUAGUUCGCCAGCAUCCCUGUCUCUGGACGUGCUCGCUCCACCGGCCUUUAUACAGAACCUGAUACCAUACCAAGGCAUACCGGUGUCGUCCGAGAAUAUUUCUUUGACGUGCCGCGUCGAAUGCUUUCCUUUGUGCAAGAUACACUGGUACAAGGAUAGGGUGAAGAUUGGCGCUGACGAUAACAAGUAUCGAAUAAAGGAGAUAUUUCAUCCACCCGACACAAAUAAAAACGAUUUCGAAUCAGUUGAAAGCACAUUGAUAUGGAACUUGCAAAACUGGCCUGGUAAACAAUUAAACAAAACGGCACCAAACUCGAAUUAUACAUGCCAAAGUACGCGAAAUGAAGCAGGUUUUGGGGUUAAUUCAACUAUGGAAAUCGCAGUUGAUUAUCCCCCAGAUAAUUUAACCGCUCAACCAAAUUUCUUGAGAGUACACGAACACGAAAAACCGCAAGAAAUUAUUUGUAGCGGUAAAGGACACCCUCAACUCACUUUUAGUUGGCGUAGCGCAAAUUCAGAAGUAGAACUAUCCAACACCAACAAAUUAUCUUUGAAACCCGUGACCAGAAAUGAUUCGGGAAAAUACAUAUGCAAAGCUUCCAAUAAACACGGAAAUAUGACCACAGCAGCUAUUAUCGUAGUUACAUAUGUUCCCGAAUGCACUUUAGAACCUAUAGACCAAGAUGGACGGCCAAGUUUGCUCUGUACCGCACACGCCAGCCCGGACAUAGUGACAUUUUCGUUUAAGAUUAAGGGAGAAAACGAGACGAUCGAACCCAGCACUGUUAACGGACUAAAAGGAUAUCUUCUUUUGGAAUCCGGUAUCGACACCUUCAGGACUUACCAAUGCAUCGUAACUAAUUCUAUUGGGAGCGGCAUUCCUUGCGAACGUGAUGUUGCAGGCACUGCAUCCUGGUGGAAACAAUUCGCGAACGAAAACUUAAUCAUUCUAAUAGCUGUAGCGGUCGGAAUUAUCAUUUGUCUUAUCAUAAUUUGCAUCAUCAUAAUUCUCGUAUGCAGAAGAAAACGUGCCAGCAAUAAAUACAAUAAUCCAGUUGAAGUGGAGGAACGUGAAAAGCCGGACGGACAGAGUAACGCUUCGGGACAGACGAAAUGGCCGCUGAAGCCGGGGAUGCUGAUCCAUCAAGGACCGAAAUUGAGCGGAAGCGGGGUGAAUAUUGCGACGUUUUCUUCCGGUUUGAACCAGUUCAAGUGUACGUCCGUUCGGGAUCGUGGCUUCAGGUACAAAAAAGGCAAGAGCAAGAUAUACUGUAGAUUAGAACGGCUGAGGGAUUUGCUGUGUCUCAAAGACCAGGACUCGCUUCCUUUGGGAAUCAGAAGGGAUUCGAAUAUAGUUACAUUUAGAAAGUUUAACGCUUCCCCGGUUAAUGCGGUAAAACCGGAACCACCGGCGAAUCCGCCACCGACGUCCAGAAAAAGGAAGAAACCGGGAUCCCUACCGAACCAGUCCUCUAUGGGAGAUAAGGGAGGCUUAGGGGGUACUCCACAGGGUGGAGGUAUUGCCGACCCCCUAAAUGACCCCGACAAACUCUUUUAUGAAAACUUACCCUUCCAUGGUAUGCAAAAUCCACCAAAUAAACCAAUAUCAAUAAUAACACCCACCAUUCAUAUAAACGCUACCAAACAACGUCCCACUCGUUUCCCAACUUCUCCAUCCUUCGCAAAUAACCAAAAUACCUUAAAUUUGAACAUACAAAAUCGACCGAUUGUUACAAGGAAUCAAUCUUUUCAUGGAUUUAAGAAUGCCAACAAUAGCACAGAAAAUGAUUUGGCAAAUGCUUCCAUUUCCCUUGCUGCUGCCAUCCAAAAAUAUUCCCAGCAAGAUUUGAGUAACAUAAAGUUUACUUCAAUACGAACAAAUCCGAAUAUAACAAACUCAAGAAAUUUUUUAUCGCAACAGCAUCUCAAUAAUUCCGCAUCUGGCAGAGUUUCCGGUAGAAAUGAACACAAAUUAGAUAUUAGGAGAACCGCUUCUGGUAUAAAUACUUAUCCCAAAAAUGAAACUAAAGAAAACAAAGAAACCACUACAGAACCCAAAGAAACCAAACAAACUAAAGAAACAAAAAAGUCGAAGCAGCAAAAAUUUGGUUCGUUAGAAUUACGUAAACAUCACCGAUGUUAUUCACCAACAUUUUAUUCGAUGCGUUGUAAAAAGCAUGGAAGGAAAAGGCCGGUUAUUUAUGCUUUAGUGAAACGACAAAAAACAACCAGCAAAACUUCAAUUUCUAGUUUAAAAUCGACCAAAAGCGAGUCUGAUGAUGGAUUUCAAAACUUAACAGAUAGUAUACAAAUACUCGAGCAUUCCCCAAAUGAUAGAAACACAACACCUCUUCCAGCACCAAGAUGUAAAAAGCAUGGCGGUAAAAUGGAAAUCAUUUAUGCAAACGUCGCCAAAAAUCAUCUUAACGAUUCUUCUAAUUCGGAAUCAGAAAAAAAAGACUCCGAAAAAGGUGUGGUUCAAAACGAAUCUACCACCACUAAAGCAAUUGUACACGAAACUCCAAGAAGUUCUCGAAAAGAAAUUGAAGAUGCCAAACAAGAAACGAAGAUUUGCAAAAUCGUUGAUAGCCCAGUGUUACAAAUGGUAAAUGCCAAUUCAUCAAUUGCGAGUAUUAAAGUUACCCCAACGGUGAAAGUUAGCCCAAAUUUUAUUAAACCAAAGACUGAAAGUCCAAAAGGAGCUUUAUACCUACAAUUACAAGCAAAAUUAAAAAACUCUCCAAGUCAAAAUGGCCAAAAUCUUUUAAACAAGUCAAUCAAAAGUGAGACUAGUCUAGAUGUAUCUUUUUCUAAGGAAAAUUUAAAUUCACCAAAGGCCGUAAAAAGUAACACUUGCAUAAUAAAAAGUCAUAGCCCUUUAAUCGUUAAUCCUUCAGUGUCUGUUCCUAAAAUGCCCUUGCUGAACACAUCAACGCUAAGCAUGAAGACUAAUCCAAUAAACACAAAGAACGCCUUUUACACAUUAACCACCCCUCAUUAUAAGCACGUUAGUAAAUCCCCAAAUUUUCAACAAUACUCGACGAUACCAAAUCCUCAAAAACACCACAUGAAGUUGUUGCCGCGAUCUCUAUUCCAAGAUCACCAGCAGCAGAAUAUUAGCAAGAGUAAAUCGUUUUCGUCGAAGAGCAAGCCGAAGAAGCACUUUCAAAUACCCUUACAAAAGUGCCAUAGUUUCAAAUUUCAAACGGCCGAAAGUUAUUUUCAGCCCAUAAAAAAUAUUCACGAAGAAAAUUUGAUGAGAAAUGGCUAUGGUGCGGGAGAUGCCAUGACACCUUCGUAUCAUAGUGAAAGAAAUCACAAAAAAGAUAAACACAAGUCUAGUAAAGGCCCGUUGGUGGUUAGGAGGCCACCAAACGACUACCAAGAAAACGUUCAAUUCCAAGAGAAUAUGCAAAAUUCUGUGCAACUUCAAUAUCCUCAACCAGUUUUGGGAAGAACCAACACGAAUGGAGUUGUUUACGCGGAUUUGGAUAUGCCAAAAACGGGCAAUGUUAAUAAACAAUAUAAUCCAGAGUUAUCAUCGCUCGGAAAACAUCAAAAAAAUACCAAAUCAUCAAAGACUGAAUACGCAACGUUGAAAUUCAACGAUAUCGGCCAAGAAAUUGACGUUUAACGUUUGCUUUACUACUAAUACCCAUAAAAAAUGUAUUUUCCUUUAUCUACUCGAUUUCGAUAAGCCGUAUAGACCCGAAUUCAGCGAUCUGGAUUACGCCGACGUCGACUAUCGUUCUUACGGACCCAUCAACUACAAAGCAGCAUCAAU